AUGGCGCACUUCAACUUGUCGUCGGUCCUGCAGCGCACCGUCAGUCUGCGCCGCAAGAUGCGGGGCAAGACGCGCGACGAGGGCCUCAAGACAGGCUGGCUGUAUCGCGGCCAGCGGGGCGCCCUCUACGACACGUGGGACAACCACGCGACGGUGCUGCCACCCGACAGCGGCGGUGGCAGGUACGCGGCCGUCAAGGUGGCUGUUGGGGACGUGCAGCGCUCCGGGCCGGUCUCCGUCAAUGGCACCGUGCACUGCGCGCCGGACGCGGUCUGGAUCGGCCCCCCGCAAGACGCGUGGCACGGCGGCGACAGCUAUGACCGCAGACCUAGCGCCACCUAUACUAAUGACGGCAAAGAUAUCUAUAAUCACAAUGGUGGCGCUAUCUACUCGGACUCGGGCGCCACCACGCAGGUGUACGUGAAUGGUGUGCACGUGCUGUGCAUGAACGACGGGCCGUACAACGAACGCAACAUCGACGAGGAGAUAGCGGCGCGCGCGCGCCGCGAGGGGGAGCCGCCGUACGCGCAGCCGCGCAAGCUGGCCGAGCGUGACGCGUGCAACAACUGGAUCCCGGCCGCCGACCCCGAGCUCCGCGCGGAGACUGGCUACUGCGUCAUGGUCCGCUCGCCGUGCCCGGCGUACCGGCCGCCGCCUGAGGUGACGCCACACCCGGUGGAGGUGACGUCACGAAAGAUUGAGUCGACGUCACGCUUCUCCGAGGUGACGCCACACAUCAGUGUGACGUCACACCGCGCCGAGGUGACGUCGAGCUCGGCGGACGCGUCGCCGCGGUCGGCGGCCGCGGAGCCCGGCCGGCCCGAGAGCUACGCCUGCCUGCGCCGCAGCUACACCAACUUCUACACGGAGGAGGAGCUGCGUGGGCUGGACAGCUCCGACCGAGACACGAUGCCUCGGCGGUCUGCCGCCGACGGCGCGCCCCCACGGCGGCGCGCCGCCGCCACCUCCGGCCGCUGGAAGACGCGCGUCAAGGACGAGAGCUACGUGCGACGCAAGGCGCGCAGUCGCAGCGCCGAGCCGUGCGACGCCGGCAGUCCUGCCAGGAGCAGGGUCGAGGAGCACGGACCGCUGCGGCGAACACGGAGGAGGUCCGGGUCGCUGGAGCCCUGCGAGUGCUCGGCAUGCUCCGACGAGUCAUUCGACUCAGAGCUGGCGGACUGCGGCGACCGCAAAGUGGCGCGCUCUCUCUCACGCGCUCCGCGCCGCCUGUGA